CUACUUAUUCGCUUACUGUCAAGCUUUUGACCGGUCUCCAUUCACCUGCUGCCAACCUUUUUGGGAUAUCCCUCUCUCUCCCACGAGCAGGGGGUUGUGGAUCAAUAUGUGGAGCUGCAGGCUGCUGUGAGGUGUCAGGAAAUUACAGAUCUCAACUGGCAGCUUACAUUUCAUCUCAACAGGAUAACAAAUAGGGGCAGAAGAGCAACUGGGGGUGUCUAAGCUUCUACAAAGGCAUCACUGUACCAAGCUGACUGGAAGGUACAUGGAUAAUAGAUGCAACAAUACACAAUUGUGUCAUGUCUUGAUGGGAGCAUAUAAAGAUGCAGGUGUUUAUCCAGGUUUAACAAUCACCUUCUCCUCUGAAAACCGGCUGGUAAUUGUCAGCAACCUUUUGGUUGAAUGUCUGGAAAUCUGUGUGAUGUUAUUUCUCGGCAGACUGUUAUUGACUAUGAGUAAUCAUUCCUGUAUUUAUUAUCAGCUGUUUUAUGACUGGUUGAGCGAAAAGACCAAACAAAGCUAGCUUCGGUGAGUCUUAUCAGUGUCAGGAUGACCGGAACUGAGGACGGCAUGCUGAACUCUUCAGGUUCCGAUGGUUUGCUGGGGAACAGCAGCAACGCUGGGAUGACCAGUGUGGAGCAGAUCCUCGUCCCCAUACUGGAUUCACUCAUUCUAAUUCUGGGAAUUACUGGACACACUUUAGUGAUGGUGAUACUGUGUGGACGGCAGAGGAGGGGUUUAGGACAAGCCCCCCGGGGCUCCAUGAUGAACACAGGGACGGACAUACUCCUGCUGGCUCUGAGUGCGGCAGAUCUGCUUCUGCUUUUCACAAUUCCCUUCCAAACCGUUUCCAUAGCCAUGCAGAGGUGGCCCUUUGGGAACGUCAUGUGCCGUCUGGUGGGCUUCUUGGGUUCUGCCUGCUCAUCUGCCAGUGUCUUCACCUUGGCGGCUCUGGCUGUCUCCCGUUACCUGACCGUGGUGAAGCCCACCAGGGCGUACAGUUUGCUCACCCCCCGCAGGGUCUCCAUCAUCGCUUUCCUGAUUUGGGUUCCAGCCUGCUGCCUUGGAGCCCCUCAGCUGGUUUUCCGCUCUGUGGGACCCCCUCGACAAACCCCUGACGGCCUUGCCUGUUUUGCAUUCCUGUCCCAGCAGCAGCAGAUGAUCUAUGGAGUAUUUCAUUUCCUCGCAGCCUUCAUGCUUCCACUCAUCACCAUCGCAGUGGCAUACGGCAGCAUCUAUGUGUUCCUGUGGCGGGGCCAACAUGCCGGCAGGACCCCUCAAUUAGAGCGCUAUCAAAGCAAAGUGACCCAAACAACAGCCAUGCUGGUGCUGGCUUUUACUCUGUGCUGGCUGCCCUCAUAUGGACUGACUCUGGCCUUACUGGCGGAUAACAACUCGGGGGCAACAGGGGCCACGCCGCGUUACGGUGCCUUUAGUGUGUUUGCACGCCUAAUGGCAACCUCCUCCACGGUAAUGAACCCCUGCCUCUAUGUGCUGAUGUCCCAAAAGUUCAGACAAGAUCUGCUGAGAAUUUUCAAGAUGAAGCGUCGAAAAGUAAAGACCAACGUGGCGAUGUCUGCAGUCUGACUCACCCAAUGAAAAAACUAACUUAAUGAGCUCUAGAUCCAAUGUCUCAAAGCAGCAAUCUGCUGAACUUGAAAUAUUAAGCCACUGUGUGACGGUCCCAAAGGUUGGGACCUGUGUCAGGUUGGGUUGUAAGAACAGUAGGAAAAACUCAUUUUGAAUCACACUUCCCAGGCAGAAAAGACAAAGAAAACACCAUAAGAAAACUGCAGGGGGACACAGUGAACAUACUAAGGAAUGUGCCCUGAAACCUGACAACACAUCACUCUGAGCUAAAACAUCCCUGUAUUGAAAAAGGGUGGUUGUAGUAUCAUGCAACAUUUGAGUAUUGAUACUUUUUGGAGUACUGAUAUUUUUGUCUCUUUUGAAAUAUAACCAUAUUAAUGGAUUGUUUUGUUAACUGAUGCAUGAGAUUUGUUGACCAGGCUAGCUACCAUCAGCAGUACAAAGACCUCUUAUCUCAACAGCACAGCAAUUAGUUUAAUAAAUAAUGUUGAGUGGUUGAAGUAUGUGACUUAUAGAUAUAAAUUAUAAGAAUUGAGGAAAACAAA